AUGAUUAGAGAUGCCUACGAAGAGUUGGGAAUGCAAAUUUUCUUUUUAAUGAAUAUUUUCAAAGAUGCGGAACGUGAACAAUUGCGAAUUCUCUCACGAAAUACAUUUUUGGAAGAACACAAAACUCUCAAAGUCACAAACUUUUUGAAUUUACAUCAAGAUUUGCUGAGUAUAUUUUCUGAACACACAGGUAGUAUUGAAGUAUUGAGAAAUAAUAAUAUCGAAACAGUUUACUUUCCCAUUCCAAGAAUUUGUGAAAAUUUAAUGGAUAAGGCACGUCAUGAUUAUGUACAUUCACUUCCAAUCAUGACUCCAGAAGAAAAAGUGAGACAGCUCUAUAACGAUACAUUUAGUCGAUUUUAUGUGGAAAUGCAACACUAUGAAUCCAUGAGAAAGAAAAAGUCUCUAUUUGGAAUGAAAGACAAGAUUGAAGAAAUUGUAAAUUUGGAUGUCAUUUCUCAUCAUCGAUCUUCCCAUUCUUCAGAACUCGCGACAAGGGACACUUCCUCCUACUUUUCAUUAUUGGAUGAAAAUUCAUCCUUAAUUCCAUCCAUCAAUGACAUUCGUCGAUAUUUGGCUCCAAAAUCCAAACGUAAAAAACUUUCUUCCUUUAUUUUCUGUGUGGUGAUUAAUAUCAUCUUAUUAGGAACAUAUAAGAGAUUAUAUUCGGUAGACACUAUGAGUGGUAUUCCAGUUCCUGGUUACUCUAAUUUUGAUGUGUUAAAUGCUCCUAAAUAUCCGUCACCGCGGACACUUGCUGGAGAUAUUGUUUUAACCAUUGUUGGUGCCAUUCAAUUAAUCAUUACAGCAACAUUGAGUGUAACCUAUGUGAAAUAUUUUGUCACACUCGAGGUGAAGAAACGAUUUAAAUUGAAGAAACGUGAAACAUGGGACAGCAUUCCAAGAAAUCGUCAUUUUUAUUGGAAAUUCUUUUUAUACAUUUUGAGAGAUACACAAUUGUGGUUUUUCGUUAUCUAUUUCAUGUUGAGUAUGAUGGGUUUAUUAAUUUCUCCACUCGUUUAUAGUAUUCAACUUUUUGAAAUUGUGUUCAGAUUUAAAUCAUUGACUGAUGUAUUGAAUGCUGUCAUUUCGAAUGGAAAGAAAUUAUUCUUUGCUGGAAUGUUGUUAUUGAUUGCCAUGUUCUUCUUUGGAUUACUCUAUUUCACAUGGUACAGUUAUGAUUUUAUCACCACAACGACCAAUCUCAAUACUUGUGACACAGUGUUAGCAUGUUUUGUGACAACAUUUGAUUAUGGAUUUAGAACAGCAGCAUCGUGGGAGAAUAUUUAUGCACCAGAUCCUGGAGUUGGAAGAGCUAUUUUGGAUUUGAGUUUUACAUUGAUUGUUAUUGUGUUUUUAACCAACGUGGUGUUUGGUACCAUUCUCGACUCAUUCCAACAACUGAGAAAAGCACGAGAAGAACGAAAAAAGGAAAUUACUGAAAAAUGUUUUGUCUGUGCUUUGGAAAAGAGCAAAUUCGACACCAAAGCCAACGAAGGAAUUACCUUUGAAAAACAUAUUAAGGAAGAACAUUAUUUGUGGAAUUAUGUUUACUUUUUAAUUUAUUUAUAUGAAAAACCAGAGACAGAAUAUACUGGAACAGAAAGUUACAUUUUCCAAAAAUGUGAAGAUAAUGACGAUGUGACAAGCUUUUUCCCAAUCUUUAGAUCUAAGACCAUUGAAGAGAGUGAAGAGAAUCAUCAUCUUUCUGCCUCCCAACAAGCACCAUUUAAGGAAAAUCAUUAA